AAAGCCGAGCCCGUGCCUUUGGUCCCCAACUUGUUGCACCACAGGAUGCCAAAGCCAAGCCAACAGAGCAGCCACAAGGCGAUUGCGCAACGGGCAAUGGUCUAAACGUCUCCCCAAAUUAUUGCCAGCCCUCCAAGCACAGGGAAUUGCCUGCAAUUUUCCCAGAGAUUCUCCUCAUUUCGAGAUUAAAGAAAUUCUGGAGGUGUUACGUACGUGUCCCGACGCCAAGCUCGGCAAAUAUGAAAAUCGGUGACUCCGCCGACGUCAACUGGAGGGACAAAGGGUCUGAUGAGAUAUCCUGGACAACUCUGGAGCUCGGGAGGGUAUAAAUACGGACCUCCGAGCCCAGAACUGUAUUCACUCCUCUCAGCCACUCAACUGCUCCCCUCGGUGAACCGGGCUCACCAACAUCAACAAACGAUGACCUUCUACAGGGACUUCUGCGACGACGGGUGCUACUCCCAGUUUGGGUACGACGACCUCUACGGCUUCAGAUUUGGGAGGCCCUUCAGCUACUCCUUGGACCAGUUCCGAUAUGGGAGCCCCUACGGCUACAGAGGCUUUGGGAGCCUGUUUGGGAACAGGGGCUUCCUUGGCUACGGGGGCUAUUACGGGUACGGGGACCUGUCCGGGUUGGGGUACGGAUACGGGAGUGGGUACGGAUACCCCUUCUCUCGCUUCGGGGGCAGGUUCUUCUGAAGCAGGAACAGCAACCAAGGACUGAAAUGCAGGACACGGACUCACGGCUGAUUUCUGGGGCUGAGAACGCCCAGUGCCCACCCCCUGGCUGAGUUCAGGGGGACACGUGGGUGCCAGGCUGCC